GAGCGGCGCGGAGGAGCGCGGGCCGCCGCUACGGCGCCCGGAGCAUUCUGUGUUCUGCAAAGAACUGUGGACUCCUUGGCUGACAAAUCUCAUGGAAAUGGAAUCUCCUUGGCUGUCCUUCAUCUACAUUCAAGUGGUUUGUAAGACUCCAGGGCCUUCAAGCCGUGAUUAUGAGAUGGUUCCUGAAAUGAUUGGGAAAACAGACACUUUGCAUGACAGUUGAAGAGUGUAUGUCUGUGCAUAUUUACAAUUUUUAUAUACAUACACAUUUACACGAGAAGACGGACUCAUUCUUGCGCACACUUGAAGAGUCUCACAACUGAUGAAAAUUAAUUUAAGAAUCAGAUGGAGCAACUUGACACUGCUGGGCUCAGGAGCCCAGGGAGAAAAAUACAUUACUAAUGGCCAGUUUUCCAUAUGGUCUUCACGGGUAAAGAAAGUUUGCAAAAAGAAGAAAAAAAAAACUUGCACAGAUCAAGCCUCAAAAAUACCUCUCUGGUUUAAAGCAGGAACUAAGUGAGAAGGUGGCUGAGGGAGAAGUGUGAUUUCAGGCAUUGCUAGGGGUCAUGCAGUGGCUUUUGCACUUUAGUUUUCAGUGGGUUUGGUGAUUUGAACAGACAUUAAAAUUCUGGACUGAAAAGUAACUCUUCCUGUGUGGUUAUGACUGGAGGAAAAGCAAGUUCAGGUGUGAUGGGACAAGUUUGAACAAUGAACUGAUUCCUUUGCCUUUUUCAGUUAACUGUAUUCAAGAAAUUUUAAUUUAUUAUAUCCCCUUUCCUUUCCUGUAUUUCUAUAAGAUAAUAUCUUAAAGUAGCAAUUGAAACCAAUAAUUAAUGAAAUAAGGAUCAAGGAACAUCCAAGCAAAGCUUUUUCCUUGUAGUAUACAUGUGACAUUUAUAAACAGUCUGUGAAUGUGAACAGGAAAGUGUUCAUCAGCAAAACAGGAUAACUUUUUAGGGAAACACUGGGAAAGAACCCUGCUCUUGCCUGUGUUUUUGUUUUAAGGGGUUCUCUUCCCUGUUGAGUUCAAGAAGACCUGCAUAUAAUAGGAGGAUUACUUAAUGGACUUAAUUCUGAGAUUGUUUUUUUUCCUUCAAGAUGCAAGAUGGAAAAAUAUGUGAUCUUUAGGAGCAGAAAAAGGAGAGGUGACUAGGGUAGGGUGGAAGGAGACGUGGCAAGAGACAGAAUCCUGCAAGAAGGUUCCAUUUUGGUCAGCAUGGCGAUUUAGUAUUCACCAGAGCAAAUGCUUAGCCCACUUUAAGAGCUUUGGAACGUCUGGCUCUGCUGAGUGGAGGGGCUUUCCCUGUGUCUCUAUGGCACUGAGGAGUGUGCUGGCUUGCGGAGGGGCAGUCAGAUGGAGCCCAGCUCUCCCCCGGGACACAACAACCUGCUGGCCAACUGGGCCGGGCUCUGAGGUAGGAAGUGUCUGGUUCUGAACAGUGGAGAAAGAGUCUUUUUUUUCUUCCUAAACUUGGACUGUUGUCUGCACAAACUCUGGUCUGUUUUGCACGGUUUGUGUGCCUUUUUUUCCAUUUAUGCAAUCUUUUUCAGCUUUAGCAGCAGAAAUUUGUCUAGUUGAGAAAACAUGCCAGAGGGUGGUUUCAGAAGGAAGAUGAUCCCAUGAGCUCUGUUUCUGCAUCUGAACUUUUGAAGAGAAAACUCCAGCUCAAGGGAUUCUUAAAGCCUUAAGUUACUUGAAAUCUAUGUAUUUGCAACCCUUUGUCUCUGGAAUCAUAUUACACUAAACUGGAAUCUCAGGCUGAAUGAGAAUAACCAAGUUGAGUUAAAAGAAGAAAACUCAGUUUCUUGAUCACCACGUAUUAACAAUGCUCUUUCUCCAAAGGAUCAGCCUGCUCUUCCUCUGAAGACUUGAAAAUAAAAAUGGACCCCAUGUUUUUUUUAAGCAUUACCUUUUCUUAGCAGACUGACAUCAUCUUUUAUAGAGGAAUUUUUUCACUAUGCAUUCGGUGGAUCUUUAUAAAAUUCUGACCUUCUGAUUAGGUCCAGGUCAGUCUUGAUUAAAAGGGAUUGGGGAAAACAAGGCAAGCCAAUCACAAAAAUUAGAUCAGUCAAUGAAAGGAAUCGGUUUACAUUUUUCAGCAUUCAGCAUUACUUUUUAAGUAAACAGUUCAUUGAGAAAAAGUAUGUAUGCAGCGGUGGAACAUGGGCCUGUCCUUUGCAGUGACUCCAACAUCCUCUGCCUGUCCUGGAAGGGACGUGUUCCCAAGAGUGAGAAGGAGAAGCCGGUGUGCAGGCGGCGCUACUACGAAGAGGGCUGGCUGGCCACAGGCAACGGCCGGGGUGUCGUUGGUGUCACUUUCACCUCCAGCCAUUGUCGCCGGGACAGGAACACACCCCAGAGAAUAAACUUCAAUCUGCGGGGUCACAACAGCGAGGUUGUGCUGGUGAGGUGGAAUGAGCCAUACCAGAAGCUGGCCACAUGCGACGCAGACGGAGGGAUAUUUGUGUGGAUUCAGUAUGAAGGGAGGUGGUCUGUGGAACUGGUCAACGACCGUGGGGCUCAGGUGAGUGAUUUCACAUGGAGCCACGAUGGAACACAAGCGCUUAUUUCAUAUCGAGAUGGGUUUGUCCUGGUCGGCUCUGUCAGUGGGCAGAGACAUUGGUCAUCUGAGAUCAACUUGGAAAGUCAGAUCACAUGUGGCAUAUGGACUCCCGAUGACCAACAGGUGCUGUUUGGCACAGCUGACGGGCAGGUGAUCGUCAUGGACUGCCAUGGCCGGAUGCUGGCCCACGUCCUCCUGCACGAGUCUGAUGGCAUCCUCAGCAUGUCCUGGAACUACCCCGCCUUCCUGGUGGAGGACAGCAGCGAGAGCGACACCGACUCGGAUGACUACUCCCCGCCCCAAGAUGGUCCAGCAGCAUAUCCCAUCCCGGUGCAGAACAUCAAGCCGCUGCUGACUGUCAGCUUCACCUCGGGGGACAUCAGCUUAAUGAACAACUAUGAUGACUUGUCUCCUACCAUCAUCCGCUCAGGGCUGAAAGAGGUGGUGGCCCAGUGGUGCACACAGGGAGACCUCCUGGCAGUUGCUGGUAUGGAACGGCAGACCCAGCUCGGUGACCUUCCCAACGGCCCUCUUCUGAAGAGUGCCAUGGUCAAGUUCUACAAUGUUCGAGGGGAGCACAUCUUCACACUGGACACACUUGUGCAACGCCCUAUCAUCUCCAUCUGCUGGGGACACCGGGACUCGCGGCUGCUGAUGGCCUCAGGACCUGCCCUGUACGUGGUCCGCGUGGAGCACCGGGUGUCCAGCCUGCAGCUGCUCUGCCAGCAGGCCAUUGCCAGCGCCCUGCGAGAAGACAAGGACGUCAGCAAGCUGACGCUGCCCCCCCGCCUUUGCUCCUACCUCUCCACUGCCUUCAUCCCCACCAUCAAGCCCCCAAUUCCAGACCCCAACAACAUGCGGGAUUUUGUCAGCUAUCCGUCAGCAGGCAACGAGCGUCUGCACUGCACCAUGAAGCGCACGGAGGAUGACCCGGAGGUGGGCGGCCCAUGCUACACGCUCUACCUGGAGUACCUGGGCGGGCUCGUGCCCAUCCUCAAGGGGCGGCGCAUCAGCAAGCUGCGGCCCGAGUUUGUCAUCAUGGACCCCCGGACAGAUAGCAAAUCAGAUGAAAUCUAUGGAAACAGCUUGAUUUCUACCAUGAUUGACAGCUGCAACUGCUCAGAUUCCAGUGACAUCGAACUGAGUGACGACUGGGCUGCCAAGAAAUCUCCCAAAAUCUCCCGAGCUAGCAAAUCACCCAAACUCCCAAGAAUCAACAUUGAGGCUCGGAAGUCUCCCAAGCUGUCCCGGGCCGCACAGGAGAUAUCCAGGUCUCCUCGGUUGCCAAUGCGCAAGCCCUCCAUUGGCUCGCCCAGCCUGACGCGAAGAGAGUUUCCCUUUGAAGACAUCACUCAGCACAACUAUCUUGCUCAGGUCACGUCUAAUAUCUGGGGAACCAAAUUUAAGAUUGUGGGCUUGGCUGCUUUCCUGCCAACCAACCUUGGUGCAGUAAUCUAUAAAACCAGCCUCCUGCAUCUCCAGCCGCGGCAGAUGACCAUCUAUCUCCCAGAGGUUCGGAAGAUUUCCAUGGACUAUGUGAAUUUACCUGUCUUCAACGCGAAUGUUUUCAGUGAAGAUGAAGAUGAUUUACCAGUGACGGGAGCCUCUGGUGUACCUGAGAACAACCCCCCUUGUACCGUGAACAUCCCCAUCGCACCCAUCCACAGCUCUGCUCAAGCUAUGUCCCCCACGCAGAGCAUAGGACUGGUGCAGUCUCUGCUGGCCAAUCAGAACGUGCAGCUGGAUGUCCUGACUAAUCAGACGACGGCAGUGGGGACAGCUGAGCACGCAAGUGACAAUGCCACCCAGUACCCAAUCUCCAACCGCUACUCCAGCCCUGGACAGGUGAUCUUCGGGGGUGUGGAGAUGGGCCGCAUCAUCCCGACACCCCCGCAGUUGUCCCUGCCGCCGCCCUCACAGGGGGCCAUCCAGCUAUCAGUGGUGGACCAUGGAGACCGGGACCAUGACCAUCUGCAGAAGUCAGCCAAGGCCCUGCGGCCGGUGCCACAGCUGGCUGCUGAGGGGGACGCCGUGGUAUUCAGUGCCCCUCAGGAGGUCCAGGUGGCAAAGAUGAACCCCCCACCGCCCUACCCAGGAACCAUCCCUGCCGCCCCCACGACCGCUGCACCCCCACCCCCGCUGCCUCCCCCACAGCCCCCAGUGGAUGUGUGCCUGAAGAAGGGCGACUUCUCACUGUACCCCACUGCGGCGCACUUCCAGACACCCCUGGGCUACGAGAGGAUCACCACCUUCGACAGCAGCGGCAACGUGGAGGAGGUGUGCCGGCCCCGGACCCGGAUGCUCUGCACCCAGAACACCUACACCCUCCCCGGCCCCGGCAGCUCAGCCACCCUGAGACUCACUGCCACUGAGAAGAAGGUCCCCCAGCCCUGCACCAGUGCGACCCUGAACCGCCUGACCAUCCCGCGCUACUCCAUCCCCACAGGGGAUCCUCCCCCAUACCCUGACAUCGCAGGCCCUCUGGCCUCCUGCCGGGGCACAGCGCAGAGGCCCGACAGCCUCAUCCACGCCACGCUGCGCAGAAACAACCGCGAGGUGGCGCUCAAGGCAGCGCAGCUGGCCGAGCCCCCGCGCGCCCUGCCGCAGCACCCGGCCAAGCUGAAGGGCGCGGCGCCGUUCCCCGCGCGGCCCCCAACGGCUCUGUACACGUGCAGCCAGUGCAGCGGCGGCGCGGCGGGCCGGCAGGAGCCAGGUGCAGGGAGCGCGCAAGCCGGCGCCUCCCCGCUGGCCUCCCAGUCGUCCUACAGCCUCCUGAGCCCGCCCGACAGCACUCGUGAGCGCGCCGACUACGUCAACUCGGCCUUCACCGAGGACGAGGCGCUGGCCCAGCACUGCCAGGUGGAGAAGCCCCUGAGGCACCCCUCGCUUGGCGAAGCUACUGUGCCUGCGAAACGGCCACCCCCGUACCAGUGGGACCCUGUGCUCGGGGAGGACAUCUGGGUUCCUCAGGAAAGGACAGCACAGCCUGCAGUGCCCAACCCCCUGAAACUGCCCGCUCUGAUGGUCGGGCAGAGCCAGCAGCACCUGGACGUGUCCCGAGUGCCCUUCGUCUCCCCCAAACCUCCCUCCAGCCCUACUGCCACUUUCCAAACAGGCUAUGGGAUGGGAGUGCCCUACCCUGGAUCCAGCUAUAACACCCCCCCUUUGCCGGGAGUGCAGGCUCCCUGCACCCCAAAGGAUGCCCUGUCCCCAACACAGUUUGCACAACAGGAGUCUGCCGUGGUUCUUCAGCCAGCCUACCCGCCCAGCCUCUCCUACUGUACCUUGCCCCCCAUGUACCCAGGAAGCAGCACCUGCUCGAGUUUACAGCUGCCACCUAUCGCCUUGCACCCCUGGAAUUCCUACAGCGCGUGCCCGCCCGUGCAGAACCCCCAGAGCACUCUCCCUGCCAAGGCACACUUGGUGGUGGAGAAGCCCCUCGUGUCCCCGCCGCCCACCGACCUGCAAAGCCACCUGGGUACAGAGGUGAUGGUAGAGACUGCAGACAACUUCCAGGAAGUCCUCUCCCUGACAGAAAGCCCAGUCCCCCAGCGGACAGAGAAAUUCGGGAAGAAGAACCGGAAGCGCCUGGACAGCAGAGCAGAGGAAGGGAAUGUUCAGGCCAUCACUGAGGGCAAAGUGAAGAAGGAGGCUCGGACUCUGAGCGACUUCAAUUCCCUGAUCUCCAGCCCCCGCCUGGGGAGAGAGAAGAAGAAAGUGAAGAGUCAGAAAGACCAGCUCAAGUCCAAGAAGCUGAGUAAGACGAGCGAGUUCCAGGACAGCUCGGAGAGCGAGCCCGAGCUGUUCAUCAGCGGGGACGAGCUGAUGAACCAGAGCCAGGGCAGCAAGAAGGGCUGGAAGAGCAAGAGGAACCUGCGCGCCACCAGUGAGCUGGAGGAGUUCAAGUGCCGGAAAGCCAGCGAGAAGGAGGACGGACGGCUGGGCAGCCAAGGCUUCGUGUAUGUCAUGGCCAACAAGCAGCCGCUGUGGAACGAGGCCACGCAGGUGUACCAGCUGGACUUUGGGGGGCGGGUGACCCAGGAGUCGGCAAAGAACUUCCAGAUCGAGCUGGAGGGGCGGCAGGUGAUGCAGUUUGGAAGGAUCGAUGGCAAUGCGUACAUUCUGGACUUCCAGUACCCCUUCUCAGCUGUGCAGGCCUUCGCAGUCGCCCUGGCCAAUGUGACUCAGCGCCUGAAAUGAAGAGGCCAGAUGGGGAGGAGAAAGAGAGGCAAAGGAGCCCUUUCCAAGAGGUCUGAUUGGAGAUGCCAGGAGAGCCCUCACGGGCUCCCGUGCCUGGAGAUCAGAAGACAAGAGCCAAACUGGGAAAGUCUGUCCGGCCCAGGAGAGGGCACUGAUCUGUAAUCCUUGUCAUUCAUUUGGACUUUUAUUAUCCUUUAUUGUCUUUCUUUCUUCUUUCUUUGUAAACAAAAACAAAAUGCAGGAGAGUGGUAUUUGGGAGACAAGGGUGCAAGGCACCUGGUGUUCUAGGAAGUGUGGUCGGUAACGUCCCUCUGGGCUUGCUGUGUCUACUACUGGGUCAAGGGGCCCUUCAGAAGGAAGAUGGACCGACUGCCUCAUGGCCCGCAGUUCUUUCAUACCAGGAAGUAUGUGUUAUUUUCAUUCUACACAACAUCCAACUUUUAUUACUCCUCCAAUAUCACCACUAGUGUAAAAAACUUCUUUAAAAGACAACCAAAAAUCCUGAAGGUACAGGUUCUCUUGGGGGGGAAAAUGUUUACUCUCCCAAAGGUGACUUGAUUAAUGAAGGGUAUUUUGGCAAAUGCACUGUGUUUGACUAAUAAAAGUAGGCUUUUGAUGGGGGUGCUAUUACCAGGUGUGAAGAUGCCCUGCCCCCAUUGAAGUUGGGGAGGGCUGCUGGGGAGGAGGCCCUCCUGCACAUGUGCUUGCGGGGGUCGUGCAGUGUGACUUGAAAUAGUCCAAGGGCUAUGCUCCUCUGCAGGGGGAUGUUUACAUGAAGAAUCCACUAGUUUUGUAACAUGUCAAAAUUCCAUAGGUUCAGUGACGAUCGUUCAGUGUGACUGCCUUCGGGGGAGGGUACAAGCCAAGAGUGGGAAGACCCCAGAGUGUGGUGGGUGGGACGUUUCUCACCUAGUGCAGUGGUAAGUCACUGGAUACCCACCCACUUGCUGAGAAGCAGCCUUUAUUCCCUCUCCCCUUCUAUUGUUUAAUCUGGGAAAUGUUGAUAGUGGACAUUAUCUUUCCCGUUAGAUGCCAGUGUUCUACACUUUCUCUUCCCAAUGCUGAUGAUACCAAUUUGAAAACACUCCUUUCCUCUUCUCAGCUACAUCAAAAUUCAGUUGACUAGACAUGUUUUCCAAUAGAUUAGAAAUGUAACCAAAAAUUUUUAAACAUUUGCCAGGGUAUUCAAAGAGAGUUAUCAUCCCACAUAAUUCUUUGACAAAAGCCCCACAGUCUUCUCUAGGAAAAAAAGUUGUUUAUUAAUGGUAUAGACUGUUUACUGAGGAGAUAAGCCACUGGAAAAACAUUAUUUAAAUUGUAGUACUUAUGGUAGUUGGUUGACUACUCUAUAUAAAUUGCUAA